AUGCAUGACCUCCGGGGGCAGCCGCAGGCAGCUGACUGCAGACAGCCUCGCCCGUGUCCCAUAACAGUUGUGCCACCAGAUGUAACACUGGAUACUUGCUUCUGGGCCCCAACAAGGAGAGGGAAAGAGCCCUCCAGAAGACAACCCGAGAGGGGGUCGGCAGAACGCUGGGUGGUGUCCAGACUCUAUCGCAGCCACCUCCCAGCCCCACAACCAGGCUUGAGUCCCUCCAGGACCAGCUGCUCUCGGUCCCAGGACCCUCGGUCCCACGCCUCCCUGCACCUACAAGCCUGCCUCCUGGGCUGCAGACAGAGGGUUUCACUGCAGCGCGCAACCCGUCCCGCUCCGACCCCAACUUUUCUCCCCGGAGGAUUUAUGUUAGAGGUUGAGUGGCGGGCGAGUGGACUCUGGCACCCAGAAGCACUCCAGGAAAAACUGAGCCGGGCAAAAGCGCAAACCCGGUCUCGGCAGCGCGGGCUUGCUCCAGCGCCGACACUACAGCGUUCUCACACACACACAAACACACACACACACACACACACACACACACACACACUUGUAUUUUGUGCUGUCGUAAAACCCACGUGUCCAGCCGGGAGGCUGCCAGAGCGUGGAGCCAAGGAGUGGAAAACGCAGGUCCUGUUUGGGCAACUUCCAGCCCUGUGGCACACCAGCAGGCUUUUCGUGCUACCGGGGAACAUCCGCUGCGCCCCUUCUGCCCUGCGCCUCCUCUAUCAAAGACCAGCGAGCACCUUAGAUUUCAGACGUGGUGUUCCUUACACAAAAGUUCCAUACGGACUCACAAGUUUCUCGGGCGUUUCGGCCAUUUCAGCGCAGAUAAGGCACAUCCAGGGUGAUCCACCAGGUCUGGCUGCGGCCAAGGCCUACGGCAGGUGCCUGGAUGCCACGAGGGCCACCCCGCCGCCCCGCGCUGGCACGUCCACCGGUGGCCAGCUUUCACCGAAGAGCGUAUACACCAAACCCUCCAGAACAGCACCCCCGUCUCCCACCCUGCCCCACCUGUCCCCGCCCUGCUUCAGUGCCUGGGGGAGAACUGACUGGUCGCUUGAGGGACCCCAGUGCGGGCGCGCCUUUGGAGUCCUGGGGCUGCGGCUCCUGCUCUACUGGGCUGCAGGCCUGCUCUGCCCUGUCCCGUGGGCGUUUGGGAGGCAGUCGAGGAAGACUCCGAGUCUCUGGGUCGAAGGAAGUGUGAAUGGCACCCGCGAUAGACUCCCCCCCGCCCCCCGUCCGAUCCGAAGGCUUUUUGGGGAGCCUAGAGUCCUGGCCCGGUACCAGGCAGAUCUGGGCUCGGCGAAUUCCAAGGGAGCGGCGAGGGUUCUCUUCUCCUCCUCCUCUGAGUUGCUUUGGUGCCCCCAAGGCAUCACCUUCCUCGAAGGUUGCGAUAUGUGCGCGGACAACCGCAACGGCGAGUGCCCUAUGCACGGGCCACUGCACUCGCUGCGCCGGCUCGUGGGCACCAGCAGCGCUGCGGCCGCCGCACCCCCGCCGGAGCUGCCGGAGUGGCUGCGGGACCUGCCUCGCGAGGUGUGCCUCUGCACCAGUACAGUGCCCGGCCUGGCCUACGGCAUCUGCGCGGCGCAGAGGAUCCAGCAAGGCACCUGGAUUGGACCUUUCCAAGGCGUGCUUCUGCCCCCAGAGAAGGUGCAGGCAGGCGCCGUGAGGAACACGCAGCAUCUCUGGGAGAUAUAUGACCAGGAUGGGACACUACAGCACUUUAUUGAUGGUGGGGAACCUAGUAAGUCGAGCUGGAUGAGGUAUAUCCGAUGUGCAAGGCACUGCGGAGAACAGAAUCUAACAGUAGUUCAGUACAGGUCGAAUAUAUUCUACCGAGCCUGUAUAGAUAUCCCUAGGGGCACCGAACUUCUGGUGUGGUACAAUGACAGCUAUACGUCUUUCUUUGGGAUCCCCUUACAAUGCAUUGCCCAGGAUGAAAACUUAAAUGUCCCUUCAACGGUAAUGGAAGCCAUGUGCAGACAAGACGCCCUGCAGCCCUUCAACAAAAGCAGCAAACUCGCCCCUACCACCCAGCAGCGCUCCGUUGUUUUCCCCCAGACUCCGUGCAGCAGGAACUUCUCUCUUCUGGAUAAGUCUGGGCCCAUUGAAUCAGGAUUUAAUCAAAUCAACGUGAAAAACCAGCGAGUCCUUGCGAGCCCAACUUCCACAAGCCAGCUCCACUCGGAGUUCAGUGACUGGCAUCUUUGGAAAUGUGGGCAGUGCUUUAAGACUUUCACCCAGCGGAUCCUCUUACAGAUGCACGUGUGCACACAGAACCCCGACAGACCCUACCAAUGCGGCCACUGCUCCCAGUCCUUUUCCCAACCUUCAGAACUGAGGAACCACGUGGUCACUCACUCUAGUGACCGGCCUUUCAAGUGCGGCUACUGUGGUCGUGCCUUUGCCGGGGCCACCACCCUCAACAACCACAUCCGAACCCACACUGGAGAAAAGCCCUUCAAGUGCGAGAGGUGUGAGAGGAGCUUCACGCAGGCCACCCAGCUGAGCCGACACCAACGGAUGCCCAAUGAGUGCAAGCCAAUAACCGAGAGCCCAGAAUCAAUCGAAGUGGAUUAA